AUGCGGUGUUUGCUAAUUCUUGCCCUUGCUACCGUGGUCACCGGCGACAGUAUGACCCGAACCAUCACGCUUCAUGGAAAUGAGGAUCUGGGAAAGAUUUUGGAGGAAACGAUGCCGAAGAAAUGCACGAAAAACGGCAAAGAAUACGAAGUGAACGAGGAGUUCGCUUCCGGCCAUCUGCGAUACAAGUGUGGAAAGUAUGGCGUGUACACGAUCGAAGGCUGUCGAACUGAGAAAGGCCACGAUAUGGCCGUCGGGGAUCGGCAUGUUGACGACAAUGUUUUGUCCCAGUGUUUUAAGAAAGGCGGCUCCAUCUACUACCGCACCACCGUCUGCGGCACGAUGGGCAUGCCGGAAUGCGAUUCUAUCAAGCCGGAUAGCCCACUGAUGGGCUCUUCCGGAAUCCAAGAAUCCGGCUCGGUGUCGCGCACGCUCACCACUGGCGAUUUGAAGAAGCUUCCUGAUGCCCAGGGUCUCCCGUUCGGCUGGCAUGUGCUCGAGGAGAAGAAGAGCAACGCCCCGAACACGAACGUCCAGCUGACGUCGCGGACGCUCAUCUUCAACCCGACACAA